UCCGGCUCCGAAUAGUAGCGUAUCCAAACAUCAGCCCAUCGAUUAAAAAUAAAUUAAGCCAAAUUGGAUGCACCUGGUAGUAAACAUCAGACGUUUAAUCGUUUCUUUGGAGUAACACAGCACUUCAACGUGUAAUAGUAUUAUCAGCGCAAAGUUUUCCCAGUUCACGAGGAGCUGCGCACCGUACGCUGCAGAGCUUAUUCCCAGAGGACCAUUGUGCUCAACUCAAGUCUGAAGAGACAGCGUUUAAGUGUGUUAACGUCGUUGUUUUCACUAUUGCAGCAUGCUCAUCUCCCGUUUGUGAAUAUAAUACAGUUGUAGACACUGGGACAGGUUAAUCUCUAUAUUUUAUUUACAUCGUAUUCGGUCGCGACUCGCGAGUGGACGCUUCAAUCAUCGUACUCAAACCACGAGGAUCUACCUCCUUGUAUACAACCAUUAAACUAGUUAUUUUCUGUAAUCGGGCUAAGGGAUGGAAACGUUUCUUUAUUUGAACAUUUUUAAAUGGAUCUUAUACAUGGAGAUUAUAUAAAGUUCUGAGUGGCUAUAAUGGCGACAGGCGGCACUCCAUUUGAAGAUGGCACAGAUGAGCAGGAACUGCACAACUGGACCAUCUCCAAUAGCAGCCUAGAUGACAGACUUAACAACAUGGAUUGGGGAGUGCAGCAGAAGAAGGCCAACCGCUCCUCUGAGAAGAACCGGAAGAAGUUCUCUGCCAUGUCAGAGAGCCGGCUAACCAAUGACAUCUCUCCAGAGUCCACUCCAGGAGCAGGGCGACGUAGGGCUCGCACACCCCACUCCUUCCCUCAUGUGAAGUAUAGCACGCAGAUGUCCGUGCCUGACCAGGCUGAGCUGGAUAGACUCCGACAGGUCAUAAAUUUCACGGAUCUGGAUGAGAGAAGCAUUGGCAGUGAUUCUCAAGGCCGUGUCACAGCAGCCAACAAUCAGAGACAGCUGUCUACUGAGUCCAAGAAACCUUUCAAUUUUCUGCCUAUUCACCUAAACACUAACAAAAGUAAAGAGCCCACUGCAUCCACCUCUUCCACACCUGGGGGCAAGGAAUCCAAGAAGCAGAGCCCAGGGAAAGAGCUGUUUGCCCCAGUGCCAGCAGCGAGUAAGGAGGCUUUUAUUCUGGAUAGUGCCCAGGGGUUUGCUUUGGAGGAUGGAAGAGGAGAGUUUACCAUUGACAGCAGUCAGGUGGUCAGUAAGCUGGUGCAAAUUCGUGAAUACAUCGGGAAGGCCACAUCCAUGAGAGACGACCUGGUGGAAAAAAAUGAUGUGCCUGCAAACGUGGAACGUCUCUGUGUCCUCAUCAGUCACCUGAAAGAACAGGAGAAGUCCUACCUGCGUUUUCUUCAAAAGAUGCUGGCUAGGGAAAAUGAGGAUGAGGAUGAUGAUGAAGGUGCCAUGGUGGACUCUGCAGUGGGUUCAGGCUCGGUGGCUGAGAGCACAUCUCUGAACCUGGAGCCGCACUCAGAAGCCUCCAGUGCCACUGGCCACGGAGUGCAUGGAGACCAGAAAGAGGAGCUAGAGAACAUGCGCAAACAACAUGACCUGCUGAAGAAAAUGCUGGAACAGCAGGAGCAGCUCAGAGCACUACAAGGCCAUCAGGCUGCACUACUUGCCAUGCAGCAAAGUGCUGAACAAGCCAUAGCUGUGAUGGAUGACACUGUUGUUACAGAGACUACAGGAAGUGUUUCUGGCAGGAGUAUUACCUCAGAGCUCAAUGAUGAACUCAACGAUCUUAUCCAGCGCUUCCAUAACCAACUGCAUGAUUCUCAGUCUCUGUCAGUCCCAGACAACCGAAGACAGGCAGAAUGUCUCUCUCUCUCCAGAGAGGUGUGCCGAUCACGCACUAGCCAUAAUUCCCGGGGUCAGUUGCCAUCCACUACCCCACUGACCACUGCAUCAACCUCAGCUAGCACCAAAUUGACCAAACUACAGGAGCUACAGGACAAAAAACAGACCAUGGACAAGAUCCUCCAGGAACUCCACUCUCUUAGAGAUCAGACCCUCAACAACAACUCCUGUCAGGGUGUCAGUCAACGUGUUGUGCGCGUGGGUGCGGCCGAGCGCCCCUCAGUUUUGGGUAGAGAGGGGAAUAGGCCACGUCCAGUCCAGUCUUCCUCUCACACACAGAUGGAUGAUAACAGCCACCCUGCUGACAAGCUCAGGAAGCUGAAGGAGGUGCACAAGCGUUUAAAUGAACUGAGAGAGCUCGUUCAGUAUUAUGAGCAGACGUCAGACAUGGUGGUGGAUACAGUCAACGAGAAUGUGAAGGAGGAUGAUGAGGAGACUGAGGAUGGAUCGCUUUUCGAGGCCAUGUUUGAUUCAGAGCAGGAGAACCGUGAACCUGUCACCAAUAUCAGAAAUCCAGCCCAACCUCAGACUCCAGGCAACUGGAUGGACAUGAACAGUCUGACGAAGGCUCACAGCGCCUCCAGUAACAGAGAUGGACGACUGAACACAGAGUGUGAGAUCAAUAACCGUUCAGCAACAAACCUCCGCAGUCUCAACGUCCCCUCUGUCAUAGAAUGCCAGUACAACCAGGACAGGCCUUACGAUGGCGUUAAGGAUGAGGAGGAUGAUGAUGAUGAGGCACUAGAGGAGGAGGAUGGGGCGAGAGGAGGAAGCAGAGACAGUGAUGGUUCAGGGUCAAGUCGAAGAAGCAGUUUUGGGGGUGACACAGAUUAUGCUCAAAAGGUUCAGCGUCUUCAAACAGCCAAACAGAAACUCAGACAGCUGCAAGAACUGGUUGCUAUGGUGCAGAGUGAUGAUACAGAUGGUACUACAGCUAACGAGGAUGAGGGUUUGAAGCAACAACCCAAUAACAUCCGAGCAACAGCUCCAGAAGCCCAGAGGGACCUUACCCUCUCUGACAAGGCCAGAGAGAAAUUGUAUGAGGAGAAACUCAAGCAGCAACAGCAGGAACUGAAGCAGCUUCAUGAAGAGCGGCAGAGACUAAUGGAGAUUCAAGGCAAGAUACAGGACUUACAGUGGGCUUGCCCUGACCUCCAGUCGUCUGUAAGCAGCAAUGCCAGCAGUCAAAUGAUAAGGAAGAUUCCUGCAGCAGCCUCAACUCCUGCUCCUGUACCAGUACACUCCUCUUCCUCAGCUAAAGCCAAUACUAGUGGACUCAAACCCACCACUGAUCCUCCCCCUGUCACUGUCACUGAUAAUGAGCUGUGGUCAGAGAUGCGAAGGCACCAGAUGUUGCGUGAGGAGUUGAAACAGAGGCGAAAACAUUUGGAGAGUCUGAUGGCUGAACAGCAGAGGAGAAGCACAUUCAAUGACUCUCCAUUUAGGAGUGACACCCACAAUACUCAGUCCUACAGUCGUGAUGAGAGAACCGUAGCUACCUGGGGUGGUUCAAACCAGUGUCACCUUGGUGAUGAAAGCGAUUGCUCCUCUGAGAUGGGGGCUGAGGAAGAUGAUGAUGAAGAUGAGCGUGAUGAGGGAGAGGAGUCCAGUUCCACUGAUGAACUGCAAGCUUGCUCUACCAGAAAACAAGGCAACUUAACCAGGAACAAUAGACACCCAGACGGUCCGAAGGGUCACAGGGAGGUUAAUAGGAGUCCUCCCCCCUGUGAAUCCAGAAUUCACCCUAAUCAGCAGCAGCAGCAACAGGAUGACAGAAGGAGUUGCAGCAGAACCAGGCGUCAGGAGAACCUGCGGUGGGCAGCAGAUCUGUCUCUCUCUGAGGGUACUGCACCAGCACACUGGCAGGAACAGAUCACACACCUUCAGAAACAACUCGACUUCAGCACUACCAUGUGCCAAACUCUGCUACAGGACCAGCAGACUCUUUCAUACAUGCUGCAGACUCUUCUGACAGGCCCCUGUGGUGUCAUUCCCAGUAAUGUGACAUCUCCUCAAGUUCCUCUCAUCAUGCACCAGCUAAACCAGUGUUACACACAGCUAGCUUGGCAGCAGAACAAUGUCAAUCGGUUAAAACAAGCUCUGAAUGACCUGUUACGGCAACAGCAGCAGAAUCAGUCAUUGUCAGGUCAACAGCAGCAUCAGAAUGUUGUACAUGCUUCUGUGCCUCACUCUCUGUUUUUAAACUACCCAACUGUUAAUACACUCAACAUGCCUGGACUCCCAAACUUAUCUCCUUUCCCUACUGGCUUCAAUUUCAGUCCUAUAUUUCCCUCCUCGGUAGGAGAAUUCCAGUACAACCAGGCCAAUUCUGAUCAACAGCAUGAUGCAAACACAUCCCUUAAAACAGAGUACAUGAGUUUUCCUCCUCCACUACAGAGAUCGCCACCCAACAACACUGAGAAACGGUUUCAGUCUGAUACUGUGACAGAUCCUCUUAACUCGAGCUGGUUAAACUCCUCUUUGAAUCACUCUAAUCAGAGACCCACGCUCACCUCAGACCAUCCCAGUCAGAUGGAGCAGGACUCUCCCUCCUCAUCUCCCAUCCCUCACCCUUCCACCUCCCGGGAUCGCUCCUAUAUUCCUGAAUCCCAGGAGUCUCUGAGCAGCCUGCCAGACAGGGCAGACCCCACCACUGUCACCAAGACGUUCAGAGCAGGACGCAAAGCUGCGGCACAGGCCAGCCUGGCCUCUAGAGAUAAGACCCCCAACACAAAGAGCCGCCGCAAGAGAGGCAGGGGACAGAAAAAAACAGCAGCUUUGGAGAGUGACAGUGUUUCAAGUGAUGCUCACUUUGAUCAGGACAGAGAGUGCUCUUCUCAGGUCAAACACAAAGAUCUCAACCAGGGUCUACUAGACAAACUCACACAGGAGAAACUGGAUAGCAAAACUAAGAACAGCAAGCCACAUGACAUCUCUUCUGCAUAUGCUUGGAGAACACCUUUUCUCUCUAACAGAAUUGCAUGCACUGAAGUCCCAGAUGCAAGCAGUGAUUUCUCUCUCUUUGAGGCCCUGAGAGAGACCAUCUACUCUGAGGUGGCUACUCUGAUCUCUCAAAAUGAGUCUCGCCCUCACUUCCUCAUCGAGCUCUUCCAUGAGCUUCAGCUGCUUAAUACAGACUAUCUGCGCCAGAGGGCGCUCUACUCACUACAGGACAUUGUAACGAGGCACCUGACAGAGAAGAGUGUAGCAGAUGAGCAGGUGUCUUCUAUGGGUCCAGCUGUGUGGGCCACAGGCUCCCAGUCUGAGCUCACACCAAGCGAAAGCCUGGCCACCAGCGACAAUGAUGCAUCUGAGAAGAAUGUAACGAUUAAGUCAAGCUCUGGAGUGAAGAGAGCUGAGGACAGAGACUCGAUGGACAACGAGAGCCUGCUGUCCACCUCCUCCAACCUCGAGCCAUUUGCCAGUGAUGACCUGGGUAACACAGUGAUUCAUUUAGAUAAGGCCUUGGCCAGGAUGAGGGAGUAUGAGCGCAUGAAGCUGAGGGCUGAGUAUAACACAGAUAACCCUGAGCACAGCCCUGGAGCUGCUUCUGCCGCCUCACCAAUUACUCAAGGUGCGGGACACUUGUCUGCAGACACGCAUUGUCCUCAGAUUGACACACAACAACUUGACAGACAGAUCAAAGCCAUCAUGACAGAAGUUAUUCCCUUCCUAAAGGAACAUGUUGGGGAGGUGUGUUCACACCAGCUGCUCACAUCUGUGAGACGCAUGGUGCUCAAACUCACUCAGCAAAAUGACGAGAGCAAAGAGUUUGUGCGCUUUUUCCACAGACAGCUGGGAGGCAUCCUGGAGGACUCCCUGAGUAAGUUUGUUGGGCGGACACUGCAGGACUGUGGUGAGGACCUGCUGGUAGAGAUCUCUGAGAUUCUCUUCAAUGAACUCGCCUUCUUCAGACUGAUGCAAGAUUUAGACCAGAACACCUCCAAAAACAAACAUAGAACCAAGAGACGCUCUGACCAUACAUCCCCAAAACACUCACUUCAGACUGAGUUUAUUCAGGAGACGAAAGUGAUAGAAAGCAAAAAGACAGUCUCACCAACAUUUUCUGAUGAAGACAAAGAUCAGGAUGAGACAGAGCAGGUAGGAGCACCCCAUGAGAAAGAGAAGGAGAAAGAUGCACAGAGCAGUGAAGCAUCUGAAAUGGAGGAAGAGGAGGGAGAUGGACUGCCUCUUUCUAUAAGCCUGUCUAAAGCAGAGACACAAGCUCUGUGUAACUAUGGCAGUGGAGAGGAUGAAAAUGAAUUGGAGGAGUUGGAGGAGUUUGAAGCUGGACCUGUAGAGGUGCAGACAUCACUUCAAGCCAGCAUGGACAACACUAAUGAACAGAAACCGUGCUCAGUUUUACAAAACGAAGUCACCCGGGAAACCAAAUCGGACCUAGAAAGCACAGAAAACAGCCAAGUGAAAAGCAUGCAGUCUGAAUCCAGAGACACUGUUCAGGCUCUUGAGGAGGCAGAAACUGCUUCAGGAGGAGAGAGAGAGAAGGAGGAGGGCUGUACUGCCUCUCCACACCAAAACACUGCUCAGGGGUCGGACACAGCCAGCCCUAACACCGACUCGCCAGUCAUGAUCAACAUAGAUGAGGCUGAAUCUGGAAACACUAGCCAGACUAGAUCAGAUGAGGAAGACUUUGUGAAGGUGGAGGAUCUUCCUCUUCAAAUAUCUGUUCUGUGUGAGGAACAACUUUGUAAGAGGAUCUCGGAAGAGCAGCAGAAUAAUAACUUGACAGCUGAAAUUCUGAAUGGAAAUACAGAAGGCCUUACUGAACUGGUGGGAAAUUCUCGAGCACUCAAAGAGCCUGAAACCAUUGGAGCCCAGAGUGCAUGAGAAUGGCCUUUUUGAUCUGGCUUAUAGCACUACAAACCAUCAUUCAUGCAAAAUUACUGUAUAAUGAGCUUAAUACCUUAAGAUUUCUCAGCAACAGCAGCUAGGCUAAGUCUUGGUCUCUUAGCCUGUCAGCAUGUGUUAUCUAACAGUUCAAGAGAUGAUUAAGAGUCCUCUCUACUUGUACAGGGUAGUUUAAUUCUGAUUGUUUUAUGGAGAAUGUUAGAGAUUAUAUUUGGAAGGGGCUCAGUCUAUUAGCUGUUCUGUAGUCUGUAAGUAAAUUUCCAUGCUUUUCUUUAGCCAGGCCUCUCACAGGUCCUUAAAAGGCUAGUUUAAGGGAUGCAAAAAGUUUUUUGUGUUCCUACGUUUGGCAUGGUUAUGGCUUUCGUUUUUGCAUUUCUUUAAGGGAUUCCUUCCCAGACCAUCCAACAGUUCUUGCCAGUGCGAUUAAAUGGGGCAAUAGUAGUUUGUUCCUCUAAUUCAGAACAAAAUUUGAAACACAUUUGAAAAAUCCCUACAGAAGUGGAUUUGACAUGACCCAGAAUGCACAAUGAAAUUCGUAAUGGUUAAAGCUGAAUCACAUACUAGCAUUGAUGUCUCGUUCUAUUUCCCCUUUUCCAGAGGAUUGAUGCUUUACCUUACUGCACUCUUUUAAAUGUUUUCUCUUACUUUUAUUUUUACCUUUUUUUAAAGGCAAUGUUGGCCAUUGCUUGGGUUCUCACCCCAUUUCACCGUAUGUAAUUCUCCAAUGUUUAGAUUGAGAUUUAAAAAUAAAUAAAACAUUGAUUUUGUUUCCCUU